GGUAUUACAAAGUUAUGGUAUGGAUGAAUAGCACCCGGUAAUGCACCAUCCUUCCGGAGAGAUUCUUCAGUAUCAAAGAGUCAUCGCGUGUGAAUACUUCAUAUAGGUACAAUUUGGAUUAGAGACUUAAAGCAACAUGCGCUGGAUACGGCUCUUCGCUUACUUGAUGGUAACCCACGUCUCGUGGAUUUUGGCUGAAACCCAAGACGAUAUAUUUGUAAACAAAGCCGCUUCCACUGGGAAGGAUCUACGCCAGGCACUUCUGGAGGCGCUCAGUGAUUUGGAAACAAGUGACGAUUUUGGCAAUACCUUAAGUGGAACGGAUGCAAGUGGUGAAGUUCAAAAAGUUUACAACCCAACACCUAGCACGAUUACACGAACCGAAAAAUCGGUUAGCAUCGAGACAAGCAGCGGAGUGCAAUAUAAACCAAUCAUCCAACAUGAAACCAACACUGGUACACGUCGCCCGAUUUUAGUUAAAGUUCGAAAUGCCACCACGGCCAGACCUACGACCACGACACCCGUAAUUACGACAAGUACCGAAGAGAACGAAGCUAAAGUGGAAAGUCUUCAGUUCUUUUCCGCUCCGUUAGUGGCAGCCUUCACCGUGCAUCAGGACGCGCUCGGCGUGCCAAAGAGUGUGGAGCCGAUUUUGAAAGAUGAAUCGUUAACUACCAUCACAGAGAAGGAAUUAGAGGAAAAGCGCCUGAAGGAACUCGAAGAGAUACAAAGGAAGGAAGCCGAGGAGAAACGAAAAGAAGACGAGGUCAAGCUACAGCAAUACUUGAGAAGCUUAGAGCAGAUCAGGGUACAACAAGAGUUAGAGGUCAAGCAGAAAUCUCUACAAGAACAAAUUAAAGCGCUACAAAAACAAAAGCAACAACACGAGGAGUAUUUGCUUAAGCAAAGGCAGUUAAUUCAAGAGCAAGAACGGCGCAAGGCAUUUUUGUCUUCGGUUACUCAACAAGAAGAAUAUGACCGAAGGCAUCAGCAACACCUGGAGCAGCAACGCCAGGCUCUUUUGACACAAACCAACCCAAGUGUUAACUAUAAUAAACAGCCAGAUGAUUACUAUUUGCGGCAACAAAAUCUCGUACAGGAACAAGAAAGGCAAAGGUUCCUAAGCUACAAUCGAUUUGAAAAACCUACAAUCACAGUUCAGCCCGCGGUAACCUUCCAACCGGCAAGUUACGUGGACAACUCCCUCCAACUUCCAACGAAGAACCACCAAAAUUUCCAAGACACCUCUUUUAAUCGAUAUCAACAGCUUCCCACACAGGGUCCUAGAGACUUCCACGUACCAUUUACGUACACACCUUCGGUCGAAAGCACCAAGAGCUUUGGGCAGAACCCACCGCGUGGAAACAGGGUAUUUAGACAGGAGACCGGUACCGGAAACUUCGUCAAUUCCGAUUCGAGCAUUCGCCACUACACAAAUACGUUCAACCAACAAUCGCCACAGCAGAACAGAUUUUUCCGUUCGAAUCAGAACAGCUACAGCAUAACACCCAGCGUAUUUCAGGAUUAUCACAGCAGCCGCUACGUUCGGGCACCUUACGUCAAUCAUCAGCUCAACAAUCUACUUUACUAUUCGGGCAUAGGCAGAGGAAAGCAGCAGGAAGACUUGAAUUUAAUUUCCAAAGUACUCGCCUAUAACAUACGCGGCGAUAAUUACUAUCCCGGAUCGGAUAUUUACGAACAAAGAUUACUAUGAGUCAGUGAACGCUAAUCCUUAGUGAACCCUACAUAGGAUGAUAGUCAUUACUUUAUAGUUCAAUAUUUAUUUUAUUGUCUGCUACUGAUAAUUUUGUACCGGUCUAACUAACAUUGAAGUCGAUUAUUGUAAUAAUAAUGAUCUUAACAGUACAAUUAUUAUAAGACGUGUAUAUACUUACUCUUACAAAACGUUUAUUUAGCUCUAAGUUAAUUUAUGUUCUUCUUAACUAAUGUUUUGUUUAGUUAUUUAUACUUACAAGUUAUGAAAAAGAUACCUUAUAAAGUUCACUAUUUUUUAUC